GCGGCGGGGGGCAGGGCGUGGUGAGGUGAGGUGGGUGCCCGAGCGGGGUUCCCGGAGCCAUGGCCUGCUCCAUUGUCCAGUUCUGCCACUUCCAGGACCUCCAGGCCGCCCGGGACUUCCUCUUCCCUCACCUGCGGGAGGAGACCCCCAGCGGCGCCUUGCGGAGGGACCCCAGUAAAUCAUCAAGCUGGGAAGAUGAUGGCUGGGGCGCAUGGGAAGAAACAGAACCCCAGGAACCUGAAGAAGAAGGAAAUACUUGCAAAGCACAAAAAAUGUCCUGGCUGCAAGAUUGUGUUUUAUCCUUAUCUCCGACCAAUGAUCUCAUGGUUAUAGCUCGAGAGCAAAAAGCUGUUUUUCUAGUGCCAAAAUGGAAAUACAGUGAUAAAGGAAAAGAAGAGAUGCAAUUUGCUGCUGGCUGGAGUGGUUCUUUAAAUGUCGAAGAAGGAGAAUGUGUCACCAGCGCCCUGUGUAUCCCGCUAGCAAGCCAAAAGAGGAGCUCCACCGGGCGUCCUGACUGGACCUGCAUCGUGGUGGGCUUUAGCUCAGGUUACGUGCGCUUCUACACGGAGAACGGCGUGCUCCUGCUUGCACAGCUUUUGAAUGAGGACUCGGUGCUCCAGCUUAAGUGCAGGACCUAUGAGAUCCCACGGCAUCCUGGUGUGACUGAACAGAAUGAAGAGUUGAGUAUCUUAUACCCAGCUGCCAUUGUGACUAUCGAUGGAUUUAGCCUUUUUCAGUCUCUUCGUGCUUGUCGAAAUCAGGUAGCAAAAGCUGCAGCCUCCGGCAAUGAGAACAUACAGCCACCACCGUUAGCUUAUAAGAAAUGGGGUCUACAAGAUAUCGACACUAUUAUUGAUCAUGCUAGUAUUGGUAUUAUGACUCUGUCCCCUUUUGAUCAAAUGAAGACUGCUUCCACUAUAGGAGGAUUUAAUGCAGCCAUUAAAAACAGCCCACCCGCCAUGUCUCAGUAUAUCACUGUCGGGUCCAAUCCAUUUACUGGCUUCUUCUAUGCUUUAGAGGGAAGCACACAACCACUGUUAUCUCACGUCGCCCUGGCUGUCGCAAGCAAGCUCACGUCGGCUUUGUUUAACGCCGCCAGUGGUUGGCUUGGCUGGAAAAGUAAGCAUGAGGAGGAGGCGGUGCAGAAGCAGAAGCCGAAGGUGGAGCCGGCUGCCCCGUUAGCUGUAAGAUUUGGACUUCCAGAUUCUAGACGCCACGGUGAAAGUAUAUGUCUCUCUCCGUGUAACACACUGGCAGCAGUAACAGAUGAUUUUGGCAGAGUUAUUUUAUUGGAUGUAGCUAGAGGAAUCGCAGUUCGCAUGUGGAAAGGGUAUCGAGAUGCACAGAUCGGUUGGAUGCAGAUCGUUGAGGACCUCCACGAAAGGGUACCAGAAAAGGCGGAUUUUUCCCCCUUUGGAAAUACUCAGGGUCCAAGUCGCGUAGCUCAGUUCCUUGUGAUCUACGCACCACGAAGGGGAAUCUUGGAGGUGUGGAGCACACAGCAAGGGCCUAGGGUGGGAGCUUUCAACGUGGGAAAGCACUGCAGGCUUCUGUAUCCUGGCUAUAAAAUAAUGGGCCUAAAUAACGUGACCAGUCAGAGCUGGCAGCCGCAGACUUACCAGAUCUGUCUUGUUGAUCCGGUGUCCGGAAGUGUGAAAACAGUACAUGUUCCUUUCCAUUUAGCACUGAGCGACAAGAAGUGUGAACGAGCCAAGGACAUGCACCUAGUGAAGAAACUGGCGACCCUGCUGAAAACAAAACCUCCCAAUCUCGAUUUGGUUGAAACAGAAAUAAAGGGAUUAAUUCUUGAUAUUAAGUAUCCUGCAACCAAGAAACAAGCUUUGGAAAGCAUUUUGGCAAGUGAACGUUUACCAUUUUCCUGCCUUAGAAACAUCACUCAGACUUUAAUGGACACUUUAAAAAAUCAAGAGCUUGAGUCUGUGGAUGAAGGAUUGCUACAGUUUUGUGCCAGUAAACUGAAAUUACUCCAUCUUUAUGAGUCUGUCAGUCAGUUAAAUUCUGUUGAUUUUCAUUCAGACACACCAUUCUCUGAUAAUGACUUGGCUGUAUUACUGAGGCUUGAAGAAAAAGAACUGCUUAAGCUCCAGGCAUUACUAGAGAAGUACAAACAGGAAAAAUCCAGAACAACUACCGUCCGAUUCUCUGAUGAUAAGGAUGGUGUGUUGCCUGUAAAAACAUUCCUGGAAUAUUUAGAAUGUGAGAAAGAUGCGAUCAAUGUAAAGAAGAUCAGCGAAGAGGAGUAUGUGGAUUUAGGCAGUUUCUUUUUUUGGAAGUGUUUGCAUGGAGAAAGCUCUACUGAGGAUAUGUGUCAUACUUUGGAGUCAGCUGGACUUAGCCCUCAGCUGUUAUUGUCUCUGUUGCUGAGUGUUUGGCUUUCUAAGGAAAAAGAUAUUUUGGAUAAACCGCAGUCUGUGUGCUGUCUUCACACGAUGCUGUCCCUCCUGAGCAAGAUGAAAGUGGCCAUUGACGAGACCUGGGACUCACAGUCUGUGUCCCCGUGGUGGCAACAGAUGCGCACGGCUUGUGUUCAGUCUGAGAACAAUGGAGCCGCCCUGCUGUCUGCGCACGUCGGCCAUUCCGUUGCCGCACAGAUCUCGAACAGUCUGGCCGAGAAGAGAUUUUCCCAGACAGUCUUGGGGGCUGAUUCCGAGGCCCUCACCGAGUCCUGGGAGGCCCUCUCUCUUGACACCGAGUACUGGAAGCUCCUGCUGAAGCAGCUGGAGGACUGCCUCAUCCUUCAGACGCUGCUGCACAGCAGAGCAAACUCGCCGGCCUCCAGAGUGUCGUCGCCGCAGGCCGAGCCCCUCCCCAGGCUUUCUGUCAAAAAGUUAUUGGAAGGAGGAAAAGGUGGCAUUGCCGAUAGCGUAGCCAAGUGGAUAUUUAAGCAGGACCUCAGCCCUGAAGUGCUAAAACUGGCUAAUAAGGACAGAGAUGCAGAAAAGGGAGAUGAACCCAAAGAAGGUAUUAACAGAGGUUUAUCUGAGGUGCCAGAGGUGGAGGUGAGCCUAGGAGCUAUACCAGACUUGCUGCACUCCGCCUACAGGCAGUUUCCCUGUAGCCUUGAGCUGGACGUGCUGCAUGCGCACUGUUGCUGGGAGUAUGUUGUCCAAUGGAACAAAGACCCAGAGGAAGCACGUUUUUUCGUUAGGUCAAUAGAACACUUGAAGCACAUCGUUAAUGCACAUGUUCAGAAUGGAAUUGCACUGAUGAUGUGGAACACGUUCUUGGUUAAAAGAUUUUCUGCUGCCACCUACUUGAUGGAUAAGGUUGGAAAAUCACCAAAGGAUAGGUUGUGCCGAAGGGAUGUGGGGAUGAGCGACACAGCAAUGACCUCUUUCCUUGGCUCCUGCUUGGAUCUUCUUCAGACUUUAAUGGAGGCUGACAUCAGCAGGGAUGAAAUGCAGGCGCCCGCCCUGGGUAUGGAGGACGCGUGGCUCGCUGUCGAAGGGCCCAUCUCAAUCGUGGAGCUGGCCUUCGAGCAGAAACACAUCCACUACCCGCUGGUGGAGCACCACUCUGUCCUGUGCUCCAUCCUGUACGCCAUCAUGAGGUUUUCCCUGAAAACUGUGAAGCCGCUUUCACUCUUUGACAGUAAAGGGAAGAAUGCAUUUUUCAAAGACCUAACUUCAAUUCAGUUACUACCUAGUGGGGAAAUGGAUCCAAAUUUUAUUUCCGUACGACAACAGUUCUUACUGAAAGUCGUCAGUGCAGCCGUCCAGGCCCAGCAUUCGGCCGUGAAGGACAGAGAGUCCUCAGAAGAGGCACCAACCACUCCCUUUGGGAAAGACCAAGAUUGGCCGGUUCUGGCCGUGGAUUUGGCUCAUCACCUUCAAGUUAGUGAAGAUGAUGUCCGAAGGCAUUACGUGGGGGAGCUCUACAACUAUGGAGUUGACCACUUAGGAGAAGAGGCCAUUCUCCAGGUUCAUGACAAAGAGGUCCUCGCCUCUCAGCUGCUGGUGUUAACAGGGCAGAGACUGGCCCACGCGCUUCUCCACACGCAGACAAAAGAAGGCAUGGAGCUGCUGGCCCGACUCCCACCCACGCUCUGCACCUGGCUGAAAGCGAUGAACCCCCAAGAUCUUCAAAACACAGAAGUGCCAAUCGCAACAACAGCCAAACUAGUACAUAAAGUAAUCGAGCUUUUACCAGAAAACCACGGGCAGUACAGUCUAGCCUUACACCUCAUUGAAGCUGUGGAAGCCAUAUCUCUUCCUCCUUUAUGACACGUAGCUACUGAAAACAGUCUACAGUUGUGUGACUAGAACUACAUGAAUUAGUGCAUGGUAACUUUCCAUAGUAAGAUCUGGAAUUUUAUGGAGGGAGUACAUCUUUUUUCUUUUGUAAAAUAAAAAUACAUACUACUUUUAAAAGUGCGGUUCUGGCUAAAUCUACUCAUUUCGUUAAUACUGAAGAUAAAAUAUAAACAAGUAUCAAUUAUACUAUUAAUUACUAAAAGAUGUUUUUCUGUUUCUUUCUAAUUUAAGCACUUUAAGUAGCUUUAUUGGUAAACUUUGCUAUUUCAAAUGGGUUAUAAUUUACAGAUUAUGUUAUUAUCAGAUUCUAUAUUUUGUACUCGAAAUGUCAUUGUAAUUAAAUUUAAACGUGUCCAUGUACAGUCCCCAUCAGUAAAGUUAGGGAACCUCCCACUCGCUUUUGUUGGCGCGCUCCCGUCCCCCGGUCCCGGGCCGCUCCCCGCUCCCCGGAUGCGCCAGGCUCUCUCCCAGAGGUUACGCUGCCGCCAGGCCGCCACCGGAGGAUGACCUUGCCUCAUGACCUUGCCUCGGAGAAGGAACGGGUUCGAGAUCAUCACAUUCGUCAGAAGGGACCCUAAACAGAACCCUCAACCUGCUGUACUUGCCAAAAGUGAGAAUCUGAGAUGCAGGCAACGCAGCACGAUUAAUUACAGUGUAAGCUGAGAUUUACUUUUUGCCAGGAUUCAAAGUUGUAUCCACAUCAGGUAAUUGUAAAAAUGUAUUAUCAUCUUGUAAAAUUUAUGUUUAAAAAAAGGCAAAGAUGCUAAAAAUUUAA